AUUCAUAUUUUCAAACGCUACGUCAAAUAACGUAAUUAGUCUCUAUGACGUCAUUAACGUUGAUGCGAAGGAAACGCACCAUAACAUUUCCUGCAAUUGCACGGAGUCAACGAAUAAGCAAAAUAAAACAUAAGCGGGGAGAAUAAUAAACACGGAGUGGAUAAUGGAUUCGAUAGAAAGAUGCAACAAGUUGUUUGUAGCUAAUAUACUUCAACAAAUUAUAAUGGCGACGGUCCGACGGAUUGGAGAAAAGAAUGAUCUAACUAUGAAAACAAUGAUCAACUCAACUGAAAGUCUGAAAACUAUUCCAACUAUUCCAAAAGACAUGGUUGUGAAAGAACUAAUAAACAAAUUCGAGACUUUCAAAUUGAAUAAUGAGUUAUUGGAGAAUGUGUCUAACAAAGGUUCCGACCUUAAACUAUUAAUAGAGGACCUGGAUAGAGAAGUUAGGGCUAUUCUGCGUCAGAUGGUAUUAAGAAUGGUCAUGGACACAGUGCGGACGUUCGAACCACGGACUCGCCUACACCAUGGAUGUACAGCUGCUGUAAGGAAGGUCGGUCAUACUCAAAGGUUCUCAAUUGUUACCGGACCAUCAAAUGAGGAAAUACCCAAAAUAAUUGAAGAUCCUAGUAUAUACUUUAAAAAGGCAAGUCUUCAAGUGGGCAUUGGUAUUUCUAGCGAUAUUCCUAUCGACAACGUUGUCCCAGCGCACGAUCGGACGUUGGUCAAUGAUAAGUAUAUGAAGCUUGACAAUUCAUGUAUUUCCGGCGAUGUUCUUCGAAAUAAUGAAGAACUUCGAUCAGGUGAAGACUGUAAACAAUUGGAAAAUAUUACAGUUAACUACAAGAGAAAAGAGGCUAUUUACAGAACAGACGAUGAUUGUAGUAAAGAUGAUUGUAUAGCAGGCGAUGAUGACACAGCAGACGACAAUUAUAUAGCAGACGACGACUAUACAGAGGACAACCAUUAUAGAGAAGAUGACGAUGAUUACAGAGCGGACGAUGAUUACAGAAAAGAUGAUGAAUACAGAGCGGACGACAAAGUGAACGGAAAACACAUGAAGGAACGAUUCAAUACGCGGCUGCUAAAGGUGUUCAUAGGAAUCUUCUGUUGUUUCAGCAAGUCUUCCAAAUACCGUUGACAUUGUGAAAUAUGUUAGAUGUUUGCUUAUGUCUGUAUAAUUAUAAUUAAAAGAAGUUAUUAAAAUUCUUUGGAAAUUGA